AAACUAAUGGAAGUCCUUGUAAAAACCACGUAAGGAAAUAGGAGCCAAGUGUAGCAAAGAAUCCGUGUGCAAAAGCAGCGUAUGUGACAACAAUUUAUGUUCGGAAUGUUCUCUUGAGAUUGGUUGUCAAGCAGGACACUUUUGUGAUUUUAUUAGUGAUCCCUUUACUGCCAACAAGUGCACGAAGAUGGCUGACCAAGGUGGGUCAUGUAGUGAAGAUCAGCAUUGCCUUGGUGGAUUUUGCAUCGUUGAAGAACAAAAAUGCGCUCAGUGCAGAGUAGACAGUGACUGUGACCCGACUGACUACUGCAACCGUUUGAAAGGAAACGCAUGCAUCAACAAAGUUGCGAAUGGGGGACUGUGUAAUGAUGAUAACGAAUGCUUGGACAACAUAUGCAUCGAUUCACGAUGUGCGAGUUGUUUUGGUAACAGUGAAUGUCCUUCGGAGCAGUACUGUGAAGGAAAUCAAUGCACAUAUAAGAAAGAGCGGGGUGCAGCAUGUUCUUCAGAUAGUGAAUGUGUUUCAUCUAUCUGUGAUGGUCUUUGCGGAUCUUGUAAAUAUGACGAACAGUGUCCCAGUACACAAUAUUGCAAUGGUAUCGAAGAUCAAUCCGUGGCUAACGAGUGUAUUGUAAAAUUAGAAGUCGGAGUCGUAUGCAGUCGCAAACAGGCAUGUGCCGAUGGACACUGUAAUGGUGUAUGUGGACAAUGUACUGAUAGCUUCAACUGUAGAUAUGAUGAGUAUUGUCAUGGGCAAAACUCCCCUGAUGUUCCGCGAGUGUGUAAAAGAUUAUUGGAAAAUGGCAAAAAGUGUACAGAUGAUGAGCAAUGCAUGGAGAAUGUGUGUAUAUCCACAACUGGGGUCUGUGGAGGAUGCGAAGAGGAUAAAGACUGUGGCCUGUGGUCUUUCUGUGAGAACGUACAGGACAAGUUCAAAGACUGCAAAAAUAAAUUAGCAAACGGAAAUAAAUGUGAACGAGAUACCCAAUGUCGAACAGGCCAUUGUGACUUUGUUUGUGGUCAGUGUAAUGCUGAUAACGACUGCUUACCUGAGGAAUACUGCUCUGGGAUGGGUGAUCCUGAUACGGCAAACACCUGCGAAUACAGAGUGCAUCUUGGAGAAUCCUGUUCCCGAGUUCAGGAAUGUAUGGCUCCUCUCUGCGUGGAUAAUAUUUGCACAGAGUGUACCAGCAAUAGUGACUGCGAUGACAUCAGUUACUGUGAAUUCCGAACAUUAGCCCCUAAAUAUGCAACAUGCGUUCCGAAGAAACGCUUUAAUAAUGCAUGUAAGCAGGACUCUAUGUGCCUAUCAGGAAUGUGUCUCCGAGGAGUUUGUAAAGACUGUGUGGUCGGAUCGGAUUGUCCCCAAUUCAUAAGUGCACAAUUUUGUUCAAGGGACAACAGAUGUGUAACUAAAAUACAAACUGGUUCUAGUGUUAUUUGCUUUUCACACAGUGAAUGCGCCUCUGAUAAUUGCUGUAGGAAUAGAUGUAGCAGAACGUGGUGUUGAACACAAACGUUGAAAAGCACUCAAGUUCAACAAAUAAUAGAGACACUUAGCCAAGUGGAUGAUCAUUGAAGUAUGGGCUUAAAACAAAACAUACAGCUCAUCGAUCAAACGUAUGUGUAUUUGAUCUUUGUUCAUCAAAUAUAUGUAUCUACAUAUAUAAGAUAAGAUUAAAAUAAAUUACAUUAAAAUAAUGAUACCGUGACAGAUGUAGAAGUAGUGGGGUCUUUUUGAGUUCUCGUUUAAGCCUUAACAACUGAAAUACUACUCUCAAUAUCACUUCCCAAACUUAGUAUAGAGGUAGUGAAACAUGAGCAAUGGGACAAAUCUACGCUGAAUACGUAUACUGUUAUUUUGUGUGUAAUAUGGUUUCUGACGUUAAUGAAU